GGGAGGUGUGUCACAUGCCCGGAUAUGGGAAGUGGUGGCCGGACGGCUGCUUCCCAGUUCACUGCUUAACUGAGGGGUUCAUCCUAGUAACGGUGGCCGCCCCAGUCCUGUCCGGUCUCCGUCUUGGAGGACCCGCCUCGGCACAGCCGGGCUCGGUCCGGCCUUGCGCUGAGUAAAGAUGACAGCAAUCAAGCAUGCAUUACAAAGAGACAUUUUUACUCCGAAUGACGAACGCCUGCUGAGUAUUGUCAAUGUCUGCAAGGCAGGAAAAAAGAAAAAGAACUGUUUUUUAUGUGCCACGGUGACAACUGAACGCCCUGUACAGGUGAAGGUGGUCAAAGUCAAGAAAUCUGAUAAAGGAGAUUUCUACAAAAGGCAGAUUGCUUGGGCCCUUCGAGACCUGGCUGUGGUAGAUGCCAAGGAUGCUAUUAAAGAAAAUCCUGAAUUUGAUUUACAUUUUGAAAAAAUAUAUAAAUGGGUUGCCAGCAGCACUGCUGAAAAGAAUGCAUUUAUUUCAUGCAUUUGGAAAUUGAAUCAGCGAUAUCUUCGGAAGAAAAUUGAUUUCGUCAAUGUUAGCUCACAGCUUCUGGAAGAAUCUGUUCCAAGUGGAGAAAAUCAGAGUGUGACAGGAGGUGACGAAGAGGCAGUGGAUGAAUACCAAGAGUUAAAUGCAAGAGAAGAGCAGGAUAUCGAGAUAAUGAUGGAAGGCUGUGAAUAUGCAAUUUCCAAUGCUGAGGCCUUUGCAGAAAGGUUGUCCAGAGAGCUGCAGGUGUUAGAUGGGGCCAACAUCCAGUCUAUCAUGGCCUCUGAAAAGCAAGUCAACAUCCUAAUGAAGUUACUGGAUGAGGCUCUCAAGGAGGUGGAUCAGAUUGAAUUGAAACUGAGCAGUUAUGAGGAAAUGCUCCAAAGUGUAAAAGAACAGAUGGAUCAGAUCUCCGAAAGCAACCACCUCAUUCAUCUCAGUAACACUAAUAACGUAAAACUCCUAUCUGAGAUAGAGUUUCUUGUGAACCACAUGGACCUGGCCAAAGGUCAUAUAAAGGCACUUGAGGAAGGAGAUCUUUCUUCUUCCAGGGGCAUUGAGGCCUGCACCAAUGCUGCAGAUGCCCUGCUGCAGUGCAUGAAUGUAGCUCUGCGACCAGGCCAUGACAUGCUUCUGGCAGUUGAGCAGCAGCAGCAUCGUUUCAGUGAUUUGCGAGAGAAGUUUGCCCGGAGACUGGCCAGUCACCUCAACAAUGUUUUUGUUCAACAGGGUCAUGAUCAGAGUUCAACUCUUGCUCAGCACUCUAUUGAACUGACUUUACCUAAUCAUCAUCCAUUUCAUAGAGACUUACUCCGAUAUGCCAAGCUGAUGGAGUGGCUAAAGAGCACCGAUUAUCGAAAAUAUGAGGGACUAACAAAGAAUUACAUGGAUUAUUUAUCACGACUCUAUGAGAGAGAAAUUAAAGAUUUCUUUGAAGUUGCAAAGAUCAAGAUGACUGGCACAACUAAAGAAAGCAAGAAGUUUGCUACACUGCCUCGAAAAGAAAGUGCUGUCAAACAGGAAACAGAGAGUCUUCACGGGAGUUCCGGGAAAUUAACCGGAUCUACUUCCAGUCUAAAUAAGCUCAGUGUUCAGAGCUCCGGGAACCGCAGGUCUCAGUCAUCUUCCUUGCUGGACAUGGGAAACAUGUCGGCCUCUGAUCUCGAUGUCGCCGACAGAGCCAGAUUUGAUAAGAUCUUUGAACAGGUACUGAGUGAACUGGAGCCCCUGUGUCUGGCAGAACAAGACUUCAUAAGUAAAUUUUUCAAACUACAGCAACAUCAGAGUAUGCCUGGAACUGUGACUGAAGCAGAGGACACAGAUGGAGGAACGUUGUCACGGCAACAUAAUGCUGGCACACCGCUGCCUGUUUCAUCUGAGAAAGAUAUGAUCCGCCAAAUGAUGAUUAAAAUAUUUCGCUGCAUUGAGCCAGAACUGAACAACUUGAUUGCAUUAGGAGACAAAAUCGAUAGCUUUAACUCCCUUUAUAUGCUAGUCAAAAUGAGUCACCAUGUGUGGACUGCACAGAAUGUGGACCCCGCUUCUUUUCUGAGUACUACACUGGGAAAUGUUUUGGUGACUGUCAAAAGGAACUUUGACAAAUGUAUUAGUAACCAAAUAAGGCAAAUGGAAGAAGUAAAGAUCUCAAAGAAGAGUAAAGUAGGAAUUCUCCCGUUUGUUGCUGAAUUUGAAGAAUUUGCUGGACUCGCAGAAUCAAUCUUUAAAAAUGCUGAGCGUCGUGGAGAUCUAGAUAAAGCAUAUACUAAACUUAUCAGAGGAGUGUUUGUUAAUGUGGAGAAAGUAGCAAACGAAAGCCAGAAGACCCCCAGGGAUGUCGUCAUGAUGGAAAACUUCCACCAUAUUUUUGCAACACUUUCUCGUUUGAAAAUCUCAUGUCUAGAAGCUGAAAAAAAAGAAGCCAAACAAAAAUACACAGAUCACCUUCAGUCUUAUGUCAUAUACUCUUUAGGACAGCCUCUUGAAAAACUAAAUCAUUUCUUUGAAGGUGUGGAAGCUCGGGUGGCACAGGGUAUAAGAGAGGAGGAAGUGAGCUAUCAACUUGCGUUUAACAAACAAGAACUCCGAAAAGUUAUUAAAGAGUAUCCUGGAAAAGAAGUGAAAAAAGGUCUCGAUAACCUCUACAAGAAGGUUGAUAAACAUUUAUGUGAAGAGGAGAACUUACUUCAGGUGGUGUGGCACUCCAUGCAGGAUGAAUUCAUUCGCCAGUACAAGCAUUUUGAAGGUUUGAUAGCUCGCUGUUAUCCUGGAUCUGGUGUUACAAUGGAAUUCACUAUUCAGGACAUUCUGGACUAUUGCUCCAGCAUUGCACAGUCCCACUAAACCUUAUAAAAGAAGAAAAGAUAAAUGAAAAGAAACACUCUGAGUACACCAGACACUAUUCAAAAAUACCAAGCAACCAUUUUGAGAACUCAGACUUGAAAUUUUACAUAUUACUUAAUGUCAGAUAAUUGGGUGAUGUGUGCAUGCUCAGUUGUGUCUGACUCUUUGCAACCCCAUGGACUGUAGCCCACCAGGUUCCUCUGUCCAUGGAAUUUUCCACGCAAGAAUACUGGAGUGGGUUGCCAUUUUCUUCUCCAAAAUGGAUAAUACCAUACCACAUAUAUUCAAAAGCAAAACUACCAACCAGUGUGGCAGUUUUAUUUGCCCAGUAGAUUGUGUACUAACUUGAAGCAUUUAUCUCAUCAUAAAUGCCUUUAUCAUUUUUCUAUGACUGAACAGAAAAUUUUCCUUUAUUGUCUCGCUUCUUAUCUAUUGAGAGUGGUUAUCCUCUAUGUAAUUCAUUGAGAGUUCUUCAGCUUUCAGUAAUUCAGUAUUGGUUACAAAUCAUGUAACUACUAAAAUACUGUAUCAAAUUUUUCCUUCUGAAUAACUAAUGUGUAUAUGGAUAAGGCUCUUGUGAAGAUCAGUUGUAAACUUGAAUUUUGAGGAUCAUGUGAUUCUGUGUAAUAGUCUGAAAUACAUUUUCCAAAACGUUGAAAUGUGGUAAUAUUAUUCUUAAAUUUA